UGACUGCUCCACGAAAUGUGGUUAAGUGGGCAUGCAACUAGCUUCACACUACGUUUUAAUCAUUGCACUCUUCAGCUAGCUAACUAGCUAUUAACAUGCUCUAAUCUUGAAGAUGGCAAUGUUUAUUUUAAUCUGUACGCUUUUGUUUUAUUUAUAUGGAGAGACAAGUGGGUUUCCUAGCCGGCAGUUUUUCGCGACCUCAAAGAACCAAGCAGUGCCUUUCACCAACGCUGGCCCCGAACCCAAGUUUAUAGAGAAGUAUUUCACACAAGUGCUAGACCACUUCAAUUUUAACAGCCAGUUCAAUGGAACUUAUGAACAAAGGUAUUUAAUCACAGAUCAAUACUGGAAGAAUGGUCACGGCCCUAUAUUUUUCUACACCGGAAAUGAGGGGGACAUCACAGAGUUUGCAGUGAACUCUGGCUUUAUCACAGAGCUGGCUGCAGAGCAAGGCGCACUGGUCAUAUUUGCUGAGCAUAGAUACUAUGGAAACUCACUACCGUUUGGCAAAAAAGACUCCUUCAAGAACCCAGAGGUGGGACUGCUGACGGUGGAGCAGGCCCUUGCAGACUAUGCUGUAAUGAUUACAGAGCUGAAACGGCAGCUGGGAGCUACGGACUGUCCUGUCAUUGUGUUUGGGGGCAGUUAUGGAGGGAUGCUCAGUGUCUAUAUGAGACUGAGGUAUCCCAACAUUGUCGCAGGGGCUCUGGCUGCAAGCGCUCCCAUCCUGUCUACUGCUGGAAUGGGGGCAUCGACGCAGUUUUUUCAGGACGUGACUUCGGAUUUUGAGCAAUGCAGUCCUGCUUGUAGAGAUGCAGUGCAGGGAGCCUUCAUACAGCUGGAAAACCUGGCACAGCGUGAAGAUUAUGGCGCUAUCCAGUCAAGUUUCUCCCUGUGCAAAGCCCCGGCCAGUGGUGCCGACAUUCAUCAGCUGAAGGGAUUUCUGCGGAAUGCCUUCACCAUGAUGGCGAUGAUGGACUACCCCUACAGCACCCACUUCAUGGGCAGCAUGCCAGCCAAUCCCGUCAAGGUGGCGUGCGACACCAUGAUGAGUGGGGCUGAUCUACUGCCCGCCCUAAGAGACACUGUGGGAAUCUUCUACAAUUCCACCGGGGACCUGACCUGCUUUGACCUCUACAAACUGUAUGUUGAGUGUGCUGAUCCCACAGGCUGUGGACUUGGCCUAGACAGUCUUGCAUGGGACUAUCAGGCCUGCACAGAGAUUGAGUUGUGCUACGAGAGCAACAAUGUCAGCGACAUGUUCCCGUCCCUCCCGUUCACGGAACAAGACCGUGAACGAUACUGCACCCAGAAAUGGGGUGUGGUGCCCCGUCCAGGCUGGCUGAAAACUCAGUUCUGGGGAGAUGCUCUCUCAACAGCUAGCAACAUAAUUUUCUCCAAUGGGGAUCUCGACCCAUGGGCUAACGGAGGGGUACGAAAGACCUUGAGCCCUUCGUUAAUCGCAAUCAACAUUGCUGCUGGAGCACAUCACCUGGACUUGAGGGGCUCGAAUGAGGCAGACCCUCCAUCGGUGAUUCUGGCCCGCUGGAUGGAGUCUGGAAUUAUCGCCCAAUGGGUGGCGAUGGAGAGGAGGAAGUCACUCUGAGAGCUUCACGUGAAACGUAAAACCAUAAGGGAUGAUACAGUUGUGUUCAAAAUAAUAGCAGUCCAACAUAACUUACCAGAUCAAUCACUGUUUUUGGUAGAAAAUAUAUUACUACAUGGCAAAUAAUUUACCAGUAGGUGUAGUAGAGUCAUAGAAAACCAACAGACCCAACAUUCAUGAUACACAUGCUCCUGAGUCUGUGUAAUUGAAUAAUUAAUUGAAAGAGGCGUGUUCAAUAUAAUAGCAGUGUGGAGUUCAAUUAGUGAGGUCAUUCAUUCUGUGAACAAACAGGUGUGAAUCAGGUGGCCCUUAUUUAAGGAUGAAGCCAGAGAAAAAUGGGUCGUUCCAGACAUUGUUCAAAAGAACAGCGUACUUUGAUUAAAACGUUGAUUGGAGAGGGAUGUAUAAAGAAGUGCAGAAAAUAAUAGGCUGCUCGGCUAAAAUGAUUUCCAAUGCUUUAAAAUGGAAAGCAAAUGGACUCAGCCAAUGAUCAGCUCCAGGGUGAUCAAAGACAGUCUGAAGUUACCGGUGAGUACUGUGACAAUUAGAAGACGCCUGUGUGAAGCUCCCGCAAAGUCCCACUGUUUGCCAAAGAACACAUCAACUGGCCUAAAGAGAAAUGGAGAAACAUUUUGUGGACUGAUGAAAGUAAGAUUGUUCUUUUUGGGUCCAAGGGACGCGGGCAGUUUGUCAGACGACCACCAAACACUGAAUUCAAGCCACAGUACACUCUGAAGACAGUGAAGCAUGGUGGUGCAAGCAUCAUGAUAUGGGGAUGUUUCUCUUACUAUGGUGUCGGGCCUAUUUAUCGCAUACAAGGGAUCAUGGAUCAGUUUGCCUAUAUCAAAAUACUUGAAGAGGUCAUGUUGCCUUAUGCCGAAGAGGAAAUGCCCUUGAAAUGGGUGUUUCAACAAGACGACGACCCCAAACACACCAGUAAGCGAGCAGCAUCUUGGUUCCAGACCAACAAAAUUAAAGUUAUGGAGUGGCCAGCCCAAUCCCCGGACCUUAAUCCGAUUGAAAACUUGUGGGGUGACAUCAAAAAUGCUGUUUCUGAGGCAAAACCAAGAAAUGCAGAGGAAUUGUGGAAUGUUGUCAUCAUCCUGGGCUGAAAUACCUGUUCAUAGGUGCCAGAAGUUGGUCGAUUCCAUGCAACACAGAUGUGAAGCAGUUCUCAGAAACCGUGGUUAUACAACUAAAUAUUAGUUUAGUGAUUCACAGGAAUGCUAAAUCCUGAAGAUUUUUCAGUUUAUACAGUAAAUAUUUGAGUUUGUAAAGAAAAAUCCACACUGCUAUUUUUUUGAACAGCCCAAUAUUAAUUUUUCUUCAUUAAAAAAUUGACACAUUUUUCUUCAUGUUUUGAUUUAGGAUAUAAUGUGCAGUGUUCCCAAUGCAUCGAAAUAAAAAGGAUUUAAGGAUAUAAGGAUUUUGAGCUUUACUCACGUUUUUUUUUUAAACACACUGCUAUUAUUUUGAACACAACUGCACAUUUGUGGGGAAAUUCAAACUUCACAACAAAGUUGUAAGUGUGCAAUCAAGUCAGGCUGUUCUAAAAUAAUUUAACAUGUUUUAAAUGCAGGCAUUUUUCAACAGAACAAAACUCAAACCAAUUAUUAUUUCAAAAUUUUAAUGUAGCCCAGAUGACAUGUACAAAACAUCUUUCUUCAUACAAAGCUUGUAGAUGGCUGUCAGGCAUCCAUGUUGCUACUGCUCCAUUUUGGCGUGUGUGCAACAGAUUCUGCAUGACACAGCCAAAGUGGCACCCACAAUACGGGGGAAAUCCUGACUAAGAGUCUUUGGGGAGGAUCAACCAUGUCUUUGGUGUUUUUUUUUUUUUUUUCUUUUUUAAAAGCGAUCCAUUAAACAUUUUAAAAAUGUGCUUGAAUAA